AAACAGAAUGCCAUUUGAUGGAGCCAGUGAACCUGACCAUACCCGCGGGUCUUUAAAGUCUGAAUCAGACAUUUUGCAGAACACACUACCUGACAAUGAGAAAUUCUAUUUUGAUCUGUCCAGAAUUAUUGAUAGAAAUGCAAGGCAUGCUGAUGGAAUUUUCACCAGCGUCUACAGCCAUCUUUUGGCUAAACUUGCUGUGAAGAGAUAUCUGCAUUCGCUUAUUAGAAAACGAGUUAGCUCCCAGGACAGCCCUGUCAAACGCCACUCUGACGCUGUCUUCACUGACAACUACAGCCGCUUUCGAAAGCAAAUGGCUGUGAAGAAAUACUUAAACUCAGUUUUAACUGGAAAAAGAAGCCAGGAAGAGCUAAACCCUGCUAAACUUCGAGAUGAUGCAGAACCUUCCUUUUCAGAAAACUAUGAUUCUGUAGAUGAGCUGCUGAGCCACCUCCCACUGGACCUUUGAAGGACACCUGAUAAAGUCUAUGACAAGAACAAGCUAUUUUUGAGUUCCACAUAGUAUUUCAAAGAGAUGACUUUAGUCAUCAAACCAGAACAAAUACGUUGUGAAGUGAAAGUUGUGAUAUAUUUGUUUCUUAUGUAAUAAAAGUUGAUAUUUACAUUGUAAAUAUUACUCUAGAGUUCUCUACUGAAAGCUGUACAUAUGGAUGCCAGUUUAAUUCAUGAGAAGUCUGUGAGUCCAUAUGCUGUAAAUCCUUUACUUCAAUAAAUUCAUU